AUGACAUUCAACAGGGCAGAGAAGAUCAAAGCAAUGACAAUUAACACACACCGGAAUAAGUUUGAGCGCCUGACAAGAACACUGAGCAAAUCACAGCCCGGAGAGUUAUUGGGAGAGGAUAUUGCAAAAAGCAGGAGUGUUGUUAAUCUGUCGCAACAAGAAUUGACGAUUGACAUGCGUAGUGUGUUGUCGAAAGGUCUCAAUUUCGCUCUGACCCCAUCGUCUCUCCCAGUAGAGACAAUCGUUGCGAAUGUAGAGGACGCCAUUGUGCGCAAUAGAGUGCCGCACAGGGAAGCGGAAUGCCUUCGACAGGAUGUAUCCUCGCUGUUGCGCCGGAGUAAGUUACCUAAGCCCAACAUCAGCAAACAAGAGAGACUAGCGCUCUCGGCACUACGGGAAAAUGAAGACAUCCUGGUAUUGCCGGCGGAUAAGGGUAAUGCGACUGUAGUUGUGGACACGGCGCUCUACGAGGAGAAGGUUACGCAGCUGGUAGGAGAUACAAGCACGUAUAAGAAAGUGUCUUACAACCCUACGGCGCGCGUAACAUCGAAGUUAAACGGCUUAAUCGGCGCGCUAUCUGCGAAAGACCAGGCUAAGAAGUUGCGUCAGUUGAAUCCCACUACCCCUAAGAUUUAUGGGCUGCCCAAGAUCCAUAAAAAUGACUGGCCCCUGAGACCCAUUGUUAGCCAGAUAGACUCACCCACCUACAAGGCGUCCCGUUUUUUGUCGAGUCUCCUGCAACCUCUAACUGGUAAUACGUUUAGCUUCGUACGAGACUCUACGCACUUUGUGCAAUUACUUGAGGGAGUUAUGUUGCAGGAAGAUGAGGUAAUGGUGAGCUUUGAUGUAACCUCCUUAUUUACUAAUGUACCGGUAGCGGAAACUAUAGAGUUGAUAAAACGAAUGGCCGAACACGACGACUCUCUCACCGAGUACAUGAAGAUGAUAGAGUUUUGCCUCACUAGUGGAUAUUUUGUGUGGCGGGGUGAAUACUACUUGCAGAUAGAAGGAGUCGCAAUGGGUUCUCCGAUAGCUCCAGUGGUGGCUAACCUUUUUAUGGAAAAUUUUGAGCAGAGAGCGUUGGAGAGCUGCCCACAUAAGCCUAGGCUAUGGUGGCGAUAUGUCGACGACGUGUUUGCCGUAGUGACAGGCAGAGAUCUAGACCCGUUACUUGCCCACCUGAACGCGCAGCAUCCCAAGAUUACGUUCACUAUAGAGAAAGAGUGUAAUGGGGCUCUACCUUUUCUGGAUGUCUUAGUGCAGCGGGACGAACGUGGCCUUUUGACUCAUAAGGUGCAUAGAAAGGCUACACACACCGACAGGUACCUGCAAGCUGACUCGCACCAUCACCCUGAGCAUUUGUCUUCGGUGCCACGCGCUCUCAUCAACAGGGCUUUACGGCUCUGUGACCCGCAGUACGUGCAAGGCGAGCUGCAGCAUGUAAGGCAGGUGUUAGAGAAGAAUGGGUGUUGUUGUUGGAUGGUGUAA